AGAAUGACAGGUGCCCAACUCUAGAAUUUCGUGAAUGUGGUAACUGCGUCAUUUGUGAUCAACCACUUGAAGAAGAAGAACGACGAAAAGUUUAUCGUUUGUCUCCAAUUUGUUCGCUAAAACCAAAGCUAGAUUAGUACAUGGUGGUAUAAAUAACAAAUACCACCAUGGAUAUCUCUAAAAUAGCAAAGGUGAUGGUGAAGUCAGUCUCGACAGGUCAAAGUGUAACAAUGGAAAGCCUUUGGGAGAAACAAAACUGUUUCAUCACAUUCCUUCGAAGGUUUGGAUGACAGUUAUGUCGGCUCUCUGCCAAACGAAUCAGUGCUCUGAAACCUCAGCUAGAUGCAAACAAUGUACGUAUGAUUGCAAUUGGCUUGGAGGAAGUAGGACUUGAUGAGUAUGUCAAGGGAGAAUUCUGGGCAGGAGAGCUGUAUAUAGACAACAACAAGGAGUGUUAUAAAAAAUUACAAUUUACAAGUCCUGGGCUGCUAAGCAGUAUAGGAGCAGUCUUCGGAAAACAAGGACGUACUCAAUUAUCAGAGGCAAAUAAAGAAAAGGUGACUGGAAAUUUCAAAGGAGAUAGCUACCAGAAUGGAGGAGCUUUGGUUGUGAAAGCAGGCGGGGAUGUUCUACUGGAUUUCAAGCAGAAGACCGCAACAGACCAAGUUUCUUUGGCUGAUGUUCUAAUGGCACUUGGGAUUGAGGGGGAACCACCAGUAGAACAAGCAGCACCUACAAUGGUUUGUGAUGACACUGCAUGCAAACUUGAGUAGAAUCAGAAAGACAGUAACAAUGGACAAUGAACUAUUUCUAGUAAUAUGCUUUUGAGGUGGAUCGGGGCAUUCUCAAAAUAUUUCUAAAUGCAAAAUAAUUAUUGGCUCAUAUUUAUUAUAUUUUCAUAUUAAUACCGUUAUAUUCCGAACAUAGUCAUAAACACUCUGUUUGAUAUGUGUUUCCUAUAGUAGUAAGUAAUAGUUCGAUGAUUGGAUCAUAGAUUAUUCUAUAUUUUUAUUAAUUUUAUACAGAAGCCAUUUGAUCAAAGCAUUAUAUUUAUAGCAAUUAAUUCUUAAUGCAUAGCUAGUUUAUAUCUUGUCUUGAAUGACAUUGCGUUCAGCUGUAUUUGCUUCUUGUGAAUUUACACAAUCAUGUCUUGGUGUAUUAUUUUGUAUCAAAAGCCUUUAAUGUGAAGUUAGUAACUUGAAUGGUCAGUAACUUAAUGAUCAGUGAUCA